AUGUCCAGCAGCAAUUGCACCCGUGCCAAGUUAAACAAUCUGGAUGAAGCGAACAAGCACGGCAGAAGGCAUGCAAAGGAAGAGGCCGGGGGAGAAAAGCUGUUGACCUGUUGUACAAAAAAGGUAGCCUGGUGGGCAGCUCGUUUGGUCGUGGCUUUACGAUCAGGUCUCUCCAAGAGCAAGAUCAACGAGCUGCAGGCUACGGAAACCAUCCAAAGCAAGGGCAGCAAGUGGAGGAUUGUUGAAGGCAGGAGCGAGGUGAAGAGCGCCGAGUCUCUCACAGCCAUUGUAAGGAUGCGCUGGGAGAGAGCUGCCCCAAGUGCAGCAUCGACAAGUCUGGCGAGCGUCAGCAGGAUAAGUGGAGCAGCCUAUCCUGAUCAACUACUGGACUGGCCAAGUCUGAGCCAUCUUCAGGUUGAUUGGGAGAGGCCUGCCUUCAUUGCUGCUCACCAAGGCACUUGUCCCAAGCUCACAUUUGCUUUUCUGCAAGAAGAGCAGGAUGCUGGAGGUGCUGGAGAACCAACACUGGACACUGCUCUUUGCGGGCAUGUUGAGCCUUCUAAUCACGCUGCGUCGCCAAUUGUCCCAACUCAGUGGCUGCAAGCACCUCAGUCUCUGGGAACACCUCAGUCUUUGCAACCACCUCAACUGUUCGACCCACGUCCACCCUUUGAACCACGCCAGACUACUGAAGUUUUGACAAUUGUCAGGCACAGAUUUGAGUGGCAGCCCCACCACAAUUUGAAGCUGGUGCUAUGGAUCGCUCAAGAGUGGGAACAAGUCGAUUACUUUGUGCGCUGCCGAUACAAUACGGACGACAUUGUACCUCCCACUACAUGGGGUGCACAGGCCCACAUUUCUGUCUUUGGUAGUCAAGGCUGGCUGACUGCCAGUGAAUGUCUCGACGUCAUCCGCCCUCACGCAAGGUUCUUGGCGCUCAAUGCCGCCUCUCAUGACCAAGCGCUCUCUGUACAUGCCAAAAUUAUGCCCAUCUCGUUGUUGCAAGCCUACUACAAGCUCGCUAUUAUCAACUAA